GCAGAUUUGCUGAUCAUGUGGAACCACUUAGUUCAUAAAACACCUGGCACUUCAGAGAGAAAAUUUAUUGAAACAUUGUGUGAAAUUUCCAAGCGCUCUGGUCGGUCGGGAACGAUUUGCCGUCAAACCUUUGCCAUUUCAAAUAAAUACUACCAAUAUAUGGAGUACCUGGUUGAAGUAGAAGCAAAGCUUCGAGAGCUUUUCACCUGUAAAGCCUGUGGGAGAAGACCACUGGCCAUGCACAUCGAUGGCAUUAUGAAACUGUACCGUUGGUUGAGUUCAAAAGGGGUGGAUCAUUCUCAAUUAUUGAAUGACAUCGGUAUUGUUUCCGAUGCAGUUUUCCAAGAACACGCAGAUAAAAUAAAUCAAAUUAAACCAAAGCUGGGGAAAGUAUCAAAAGAUACAUGCGGUGGUGCAUCCUAUAAAGCGGGAAAGUCUGACUCCGUUAAUGACCGUACAGGACUAGCAGAAACAGGAAUCGUGUUCUGCACAUGUCGGCAUGGUUAUCUUUUACGAGGUGUGGAUAUGGCAAAAGGAGAGACGUACCGCCAUGUCCAUUAUCUGCACGACUAUGCAUUCAGAAGUGGAUGUGAUUUUCUUUGUUACGACGUUGUUUGUCAAUACUGGACUUUUGCGGAAGACCUUUCCAAGGCGAAUAACGAGUUCAAACCGCACACAGAGACUAUGAAACCUUUUUUAUCGCGAUGGCAUGGAAAAACACACGCCUGGUAUUGUCAGAUCUUGUAUAGUGGGCACUGGAUGAAAGGGGCUGGGUUAACGACAGGCGAAACCACGGAGCAAUCUAACUCGAAGAUGGCAAGAUAUGGAAGUUCGACGAAACACAUGAGUCGAGCAAACCGUCGUGAUCAUCUUACUCAAGCGAUGAUUUACUACAACACAGAGAAGGAAGAAAGAAUGCCAAAGCUAUUACCGAAAAUGUUGGCAUCGGUAAAUAUUUGCAGGAAGAAAAAUUUUGGGCGUAAAAAAAAUAUCGACGAUAAACUUGCGGAGGCCAAUGCGGCGCUGAUCCGUUGUACGACAAAGAUAAAAGAAAUUAUUAAACUUGGACCUCCUAAUCCGGAGUCUUUGGCUCGAUCAAAGAAAUUGAAGGAUUAUUAUAUUCAAAUCACGUCAAUAAGAGGUAAGCUGGAAGCGGCAAAAAUGGAAACUGCAAAUGACAUUGGCAUGAACAUACUUGAAAAACUACCAGUAAUUCUCGAGAAGCUAAAAGAAGAAGCCCGCAAGUGUAAAAGUAUGUAG